UCAAUGCAGCACAUCUACACCUGAUUUCACUAACCACUCGUGUACUAUGCUCACCCUUGGAGAAGACUAAGAGAUCUGACCUGACUACAAUGCAACCAUGAAAGGACUUUCUGUACAAGCUUGUUGAAGGUGUGCCUUUUGAUCUACCUUGCAGGGCCAGGCGCAGCAGGCAGCUGCCCUGCAGGAUGGAUGUCUGGAAGCACCAAGUGCUAUCUGAUACAGACCGAUGCCACAGACCACUCCACUGCUGUUACACAGUGUAACAUGUACAAUGCCACCCUGGUGUCUAUAUCUUCACGUGCAGAAUGGAACUACCUUCUGAGCCUGCUACAGCCAGGUGACAACGGACAGUACUGGUUGGGUCUGCAGCGCUCGGACAGCGGUGUGUACACCUGGGUCAACGGACAUGUGUACAACAAGUCAAACAUAGCCUGGCUGGCGAACACAGAGGGCUAUGGCUACCAGAAAGGGACAUCAGACUGCGCCAUCUUGAACGUCACCGCGGGAUCGAAGCCGUCAGCUGGCUACGUCACUUACCGAGCAUGCGCAGAGAAGCACGUGACUGUCUGUCAACGACCUUCUGACCUCCCUUAUGUCAGUCUGUGUGACAUGGAUGACGGGUGGACGGACGUGGGCAACGCCUGCUACAAGACGUGGACAGCCGCCGUGACGUGGUAUGACGCCGAGGCCGAGUGUCAGCGGCAAGCCAGUCACCUCUUCGUCCCGACCUCUGACCACGACGACACCUUGGGUCAACUGAAAGUUGCGGUGCCAGCAUGGAUUGGCCUGUCGGACACGGUCGAGAAGGGUGUACUUACUACAGUGACCGGCGGGCGGCCAUUACAGUCGUGGGCUGAAGGCCAUGACGGUCUCGUUAUUCCUGGACAGACCUGCUUCACGGCGACAGUCACUGCGGCAGGUUCUGUGUCCUACACGGCGUCGACCUGUCACAACGAAGUGGGUUUUGUCUGUCAGAGACAUAUAGGAUCGUGUCCUCCAGGGUGGGACGAGCACGCCACCCAGUGCUACCAGCUCCAAACCACGCAGGCUGAGUACACCACGUGGUUCCUUGCCAAACAGUUCUGCCGAGAUGAAGGGGCAGAAAUUCUCAUCAUAAAAAGUAUGGACGAGCACGACUUCAUCACACAGAAGCUGUCACGUGACGGCGUGCGGAACGUGUGGCUCGGAUUCUCAGAUGAAGGUGACAGCAGACACCUUGCAAUGGGCGGACGGAAGCCCCGCCAGUGGAGCUGGAGUCUUUGGGGUGUGGAUGUCCUCCUUCCCGCGACCGGAGACCAAUCGUCUGGACUGCGGCAUACUUCAAAUUGGGAAUGGAAACGGCUCAUGGAGCAAUGGAUAUUGUCUAACUUAGUGUGGAGAGUUUUGCUUGCCUCACACCUGUUUGAAAGCACUGAGGCCUCACUAAGUCUUGCUGUGCAAGGUCCGGCCAACUACAGCUGCGAGGACGACACGUGGCUGCUGUAUGGCAACCAGUGUUUCAACCUCAACCAGUUCGACACGUCCUGGGACCUGGCGCAGCAAGGGUGUCUGGGGCUGAAUGCUCACCUGGCCACCGUGUCUGACAUCGGCAUCCAGUCUUUUCUUGGCUUGAAGCUGCAGACAACAUCAUGGAUUGGUCUUCGGCUCGACCGCCAUGACAUGAAAUGUCCUAUCGAUGACCUGAUGGCUGAAAUGAACUCCCUACAGGCCAACUUCACCAACUACUUGCCGGGAAAGCCCAGUGGAGCGAGUCAAGGUCUGGACUGCAUCGAGAUGUUUGCUGGGCCUGAGAUGACAGGAGGCUGGCUGGACCAGAACUGCAGCAAGCAGCGCGACUACAUCUGUCAGAAACCUGCCAUUCAGUCGGGGUCGCCAGCUGUGCCCUCUGUCGUCCCGAGUUCUGACAGCUGCGACCUGAACUGGAUUCUGAACCCCACCAUUGACGUCUGCUACCUGAUGGUCGUGGAUGCCCCCAAGGAGUGGGUGACCGCCAGCUACGACUGCUUACGGCGGGGAGGUAACUUGCUCAGCAUCUCGGGGCCCGGCGAGCAGACACGGGUGGAAGCCAUGUUGAGCUCGCUGUACCCAACCUACCAAGAUCCUUUCUGGAUCGGAGCUGCUGACAGUAACCAAGAUGGCGGCUGGGACUGGACAGAUGGCGCCCCCUUUCGGUACCUCAACUGGCAUGCAGGUGAGCCUAGCGGCCCCGCUUCUACAGAACACUGCGUGGAGAUGAGAGUCCAGUGGCAGUACGAGUGGAAUGAUGCAAACUGCAACCACUACCUCAACUACAUCUGCAAAAAGAAAGCCAAGACACCAGCUGACCUCACACCCACAGCACCGACUGCCCCCUCGUAUCCAUCGUGCGUUGUCCAGCCGAUCGUGUCCGGACUGUACAGUGUCCAGUCUCAGCUCUCCUUCUCCGCCUCCAGCUACUCUGAUGACCGACACACACCCCACGACUCUCGCCUCCUGGACACCAACAAGGGUGCCUGGCGACCGGCCCAGGACCAGACGGGGGAGUGGGUAGGAGUGUUCUUCUAUCAGACCAUGCUGGUGGCCGGCAUUGAGAUCGCAGGUGAGGUUGACACCUUCAACUUCGUGUCCUCUUUCACCGUGCAGUACCAGCACGACAUCAACUCUCCAUGGCGCUGGGUGGAAAAUCCACCCGGAACUGCUCAGGUCUUCUAUGGGUCUAUGGAGCCCAGUGUGUCCACCUCCAUAUUGUUCGUGGUGCCGAUACAGGCGCAGAGUGUCCGACUGUACCCGCAGUCAUGGGGUACCCACAUAGCUGUCCGCUGGGAACUCAAUGGCUGUGUUUAUGAUGCCUGUCAGCCAGAGUACACCAUCAGCGGACCUCUGGUUGUCACGGACGACGGGUUGUCUGUGUCCGGGAUGUCGGACCCCGACCACGACGCAUUUGAUUCUCGCCUGCAUCCUAUCCAGCCAGACACCCCGCCAUCCUGCUGGCGACCCCCCGAUAAUCCCUCAUCUCCACCCUGGAUACAAGCCGACCUCGGGACUGUCAAGCUUUUACGUGGUGUGUCCAUCGCCGGUAACCCAAAUGCAGACGAAUGGGUGACAAGUUUUCAGCUGCAAAACUUCACCGGCAACAGCGACAACCACACCAUCGUGACGUACUUGCUGAAGGCCAGCAUCCCGGUGCAGCAGGUGCGCAUCGUGCCUCUGGCCGCUCACAACCACAUCGCCCUCAGGUUCGACCUGCUGGUGUGUAACAUAGGAUGCAGGGACAUCCCCCUGAUGUCAGGGAGGCACAACGUAUCGGACUCGGCCUUCUCCGCCUCGUCGACGCUCGGUCCUCGGUUCAGUGCUCACCGGUCUCGCCUGGGGGAGCAGUUCGUCGGGACUUCCGGAGGGGCAUGGAUCGCUCGCUUCUAUGACAACCAUCAAUACUUACAGGUAGACCUCGGUGAGCUGUUACAGAUAACCGGUGUGGCCACCCAGGGUAGUGAACACUACUCUAUGUGGGUGCGCUCGUACACUCUCGCCUUCUCGCAGGACGGACGCAACUACAACACCUACGCGGGCAACGGAUUAGUCGCCAGGAUCUUUGAAGGGAACCUGGAUGCUGUGUCGGUGAGGAAGCAUUACCUGGAUCGCCCCCAGGUGGCGCGCUAUGUCCAGCUGUGGCCCGUGGACUACAACCGCGGAAUGGCCGUGCGCUGGGAGCUGUAUGGAUGCCCGGGCCCUAAUUCUGGCCAGGCUAUAGGUUGUUACCAAGACAACCCGCAAAGCCGUGACCUGCCCUACGAGCCGCUGGUGGAUCCUUUGGCAGGAGUCUGGCCCGCUUCUUGCCGCGCCUCACUGCUACGAAAAGGGUUAUACUACGCCGGCCUCCAGAACAGCUCCACGUGUUACUGCGGCGACUCAUACGGCAGGUACGGGUACACACCCAGCGCCUGCACGCUGCGCUGUCAGUCUCCCUACGACGACCAGUUGUGCGGCGGUGUUUCAACAACUUCAUCUACGAUACCGGCCUCUGUGACACCAAUGUUCAAGUACUGCAAAACUGGGUGGACACCGAGAGGCGACAGCUGCUACAUGGUGAUACUGGAGAGGGCGAGCUGGUUCAACUCGCAGGAGGUGUGUCAGGAGAUUGGAGGCGACUUGGUGGCCAUUGGCAGCAAGGUGGACAACGACUUCGUCUUCAGCCUCCUGGCGGCAAGCAAUGGGAUGGAGCGGGUUCCAGGGGUCCUGCUACAAGGUGUUGACACAGGGACUGGCGCCUGGAAUGAUUCCAGACAAAGCUGUCUAGCUCUUAAUGCCUCGCUUAUUCGCAUCGACGACCAGUUUGAGGAGGCUUUCAUCGCCAGUCAGCUCGCCUCGUUGUCGGGUUACUUCUGGACGGACGUGGCCGACACAGCCUCUGGAGAAUACAGUUUCUCGGACAACUCCGGCUUCGUCAAGUUCACCAAGUGGGGGCGAGGACAACCACGUCAAAGGAGGGAGCGGUCACUGCGUGGCCCUGAGGGGAGGACAGUACGAUGGCGGGUGGUACAACCGGAACUGCACGGCCAAGCAGGACGGUGCCGUGUGCGAGAAACCGCUGCCCGGGUACGUGGCUCUACCUACUCCUCCCGUUGUCCCCCGGGCGCCCGCUGCCCUGACGGGUGGUACGAAGCUACCUACAACUGCUUUCAGAUGAAUGUAGAAUCCGUAAAAAAUGGUCUGACGUGGGAUGAAGCCAGAGAAGACUGCCAAAGCCAAGGAGCAGAACUCGCCAGCUUCCAUUCUAGAACUGACUUUGACGAUCUCAUCAAAAGCCUGCCACAAGGCGCUCCAACAACCUCUGGAUCGGACUUUUUUACGAUGAAGAAGAUGGAGGUAAGACCUACAACUCUCCUGACAAAGAGUCUGCUAAAUCUGAAGUGGAGCGACGGUAGCAGUGUGAACUUUGUCCUGUGGAAGCCCGGGCAGUCUAGUGGGGUUCAACAAGGUCAGACUUGCGGACAAGUGGACGUGGGGACAGGUUCCAUGGUCCAUCAGUACUGCUACGACAGGCACAGCUGGCUGUGCGCCGUCCUGCGAGGUGCUGUUCCUACUCCGCGCACCACAGUGAUAGCACCUACUCCAGCUGGUCCCGGAAGCUGUUCCCCUCGGGACGACACCUGGAAGCGGUUUGGCGACUCGUGCUACUACGUCAGUACAGGUGCAGGUGACGAAGCGCGCACCUGGCGGGAGGCGAGGGCGUGGUGCCUGAACAAGAGUGCCGACCUGGUGUCCAUCACCUCACAGAAGGAGCAGCUCUUCUUGCAGACUCUGAUAAACAAGGUUACUGUACAAGCUCUGUGGGUGGGACUCAGCCAGCUGGACAUCCAGCACGGCGUGUUCUGGUCAGACGGGUCACCAGUGGCCUAUGAGAACUGGGAUGCCAGUGAGCCAAACAACUUUGGGGGUUCAAAACUCUGUGUUGACAUAUUGCCUAGAAACGGGAGGUGGAGUGACGAAAGCUGCGCCUUGGAGAUGGGCUUCGUCUGUGAGGACUCCCUCAUCGGGUCUCAUCCUGUCACGGGUGCGACAGUUUCACUGACAGGAUACUGUCCCUCCGGUUUCAGAGGCAUUGGAGUCAAGUGUUUCCGCAUCAUUGGCAACAGGGAGGGGGAGCAGCCCCGGGACUGGGCCACCGCCAGAGACUAUUGCCAGGGGCUGGGUCCUCACUACAGUCUGGCCACAGUUGCCAGUGCCGCGGAAAAUGAUUUUCUAGUCACCCUGCUGCCAGAGGACGGCGUGGCGACGUGGGUGGGACUGUUGCGCAUGACAGAUGGAACGUUUGUGUGGACUGACCACUCUGACGUCACCUACAGCAACUGGAACAUUGGGGAGCCGAAUGGAGGAAUGGAUGCUUGUGUGUACAUGCGAGGUACAGCCCGGGAUGCAGGACUCUGGAGCAGUGCCCCAUGCGGCCUCACUGCAAACUUCAUCUGCCAGACGUUUGUCGACAGCAGUGUUUCAACCCCUGAGCUCAUCCAACCCUGUGAUGCCAAGCAAGGAUUUGAACCUUUCCAGUCUGGGUGCUACAAAUAUGUCAAUCAGUCGACCUCGUGGCAAAGCGCCAAACAGUUUUGCCAGACCCUGGCGGCCAGUCUGCCUGUCGUCAACGAUGCCUACACCCAGGCUUUCCUGCAGCGCUUCGUCAACCGGAAGUCACGUGCCUCAACAACGGGAGCUGUUCCAGCGACUUGGCUAGGCCUCAAUGAUGUUAUGCAAACUGGGAAAUACUCGUGGAGCAUUCCAUGGCCGGUUACCUUUACCCGCUGGGGGCUGGGGGAGCCCUCUAGGAGAGCAAGAGAAGGAUGUGUCAGCAUGGAUGCCAACGGUUUUUGGAAAGACGACAACUGUAGCAGGGCUCUUCCCUUUGUUUGCGUGGUUAUCAAUGGUGAUGGCAAUGUUGUCUGUUUUCAAACCUCUGUGUUGGACAGGAAGCCCCAUUCUGACCCCAAGCCGCCCAGUGGACAGUGUGUGGGGGUCGAUUACUGGAUUUCCUCCGGCCCCGUCUGCUUCCUCUUCAUGACUGACGAUCACGUGACCUUCUACGAGGCACGAAUGCGGUGUGAGGCGCUGGACGCCACGCUGGUCGCCGUCCACGACAAUGCCACUCUCCAGUUCCUCGCCAGCAUGUUCUCCGGGCAACUCUGGAUCGGUCUCAUCAGUUCCGAGACCGAGGGUUUUGUGUGGCUGGACCGGUCCGCCGUGGAGUUCACAAGCUGGGCGGACUCUCAGCCUUCAGGCACUGGACAAGAAGGAGUGCCGGAACACUGCGUGGCCAUGGACUCUCAGACCCUGACAUGGGAUGACAAAGACUGUGCUGCUCACCUGGGCUACAUCUGCAGUAAACUGCAAGAAGACUCCAUCACUGCCCUCAGGAAAGCCUCCUCGGACAAGCCCUGUCCUGGUGUCUUCAACUGUGACCAGCACCAUGGUGUCUUCACCUGUGACCAGCACCAGAAAGGUCCACACCUGCCAGUCACAUCAGCCAUGACCAAGACAGGUGCCACACAGUCCACACACAGCUCAGUCCACAAGCCACCCCAGGAUCAGCGAGGUCUUUCUGGAGGUGCCAUUGCUGGGAUUGUGAUAGCAAUCAUCAUAUUGGUAGCAAUGUGUGCAGUGAUAGGUGUCUUCAUCUACAAAAGACCGAGUGGCUGCAUUUCAGUCAUGCCAUUUCGCAGGAUGCAUGGCGAACUGCAGAAUGUCUCAAACUUUGACAAUCCUGGAUUUUCUGAAAUGGAAUCUUCUGAGAAAGAUCCUUAUCAGUUUUGUUCUAAUACUUAAAUAUUUUGAUGACGUUUAUACCAACAUCAGGGAUUACAGCAUGAACUGUUAACUUGUUUGUCUACAUGGUGUCAGUCUCAUUGUUGUCUGUGUAUAGUCAUUCUCAUGUCCCUUCGCCUUAGUGGGUAUAGGGUGACAUCUUCAUUAUUUUUUGUUUUCGUCGUUUUUGUUGAUUCUUUUCCAUGGACCACUUCAAAUGGUUGACUAGUGGUCUCAACUGCCACAUCUACGCCAUCUCGCUGCUUUUGGAACAAUGCAUCAGCAUUUAACUCUUUGAUAACUUUUCUGCAAUCACAUGAAUUUUUUUUGGCUCUUGAUGCAGCUGUUCAUGCCAUUCAUCCUUGUGAGGGUCAGAAUGGACUGCUAUGUUCACUGCAGUCUUGCGUUGGAAACAUGUUGCCACUCCCAGUCAUCUACAGUUCUCUGGAAUCAAGAUAGUGUGUACUAUGGCUGCUCUGUAUUUUCUGCCAGGUCCAAUGCACUACCUCUGAACAGAUCUUACUUCCAUUCACCUUUUCCUGCUCGCAUUCUACCAGUCCUUUCCUAUGCCAAACACUUGGCAUGCUUCAUGAGCAGAUUUUUUCCAUCUUUUAUACGUCUCUAGUCAGUUGCUCACUGCUGUUUUUGUCUGUGUGCUUUAUACAUUUUGCAUCUGUUUGAAUGUGUGCUUUAAGUAUUUUGUAUUCCGAACAUGUUUGUAAAGCACAAUAAAUACUGUACAUUGUAUUCUGAACAUAUUUGUAUAUAACUUACGAUUUUAUUUCAAUAAUAUCAACAAAAUGUUAAUCAAAAGCUUCCUUACAACUAAUCUUCUGUCAGUUAAAAAAGUGGCAUUUGAAAAUAAUUACUUCAAAAUGAAAGGAAAUGCAAGUUUAUGAAAGAGUGUAGCUUUUAUCUUGCAUUAUAUCAGCAGAGAGAGUAAGUCUUUAGAAAUUACUAGUUUCAGGAUUAUCAUAAAAAGCAUUUAUUAGAUUGAAUGUAUAAAUAGAUGUAGACUCUAGUUUGCAAAACACAUCCCCAUUACAAAAGACUUUUCUAGAUGUGUUGAUGAAUGGCAUCUAGUAAACGAAGCAUCAAGAAGUAAAAUAGAUUCUGUCUUUUAUAUUUAUUAUUACUGGUUAUUUUUCAGACUACAAAACUUAUCCAACACCUUCAAAGAUUAUUUUAUUUACUUUAAUGGCAACCAAAAUGCACUACCUGGAAUUGUAUUGCUGGUGUUCAUACUUCAGACAAGUACCAAGUCUACACAAGAUGGACACAGUUUAGUGAUCUUUAGCACACUAAGGGUUGGUGUCUCACUCUACAGCUGGACUCGGCUUGCCUAUCCAUGGCAUCUUUGUCCUUGCAGACAUGAAGUAGGUCCACAUUGUUGGCACAGAACAAAUGCAGUUAUUUUGGUGCCCCAAAAUUAUUUGGCAAAGCCAAUGCUGGUUGAUCGACAACUAAAAAUGUCAUUGCACAUGAGAAUGUAUACAAAUAACUGCAAAUGAAAGAUUCUUUUAAUAAAGAAAAAGAACACAAGAAAAAAACCCAGACAAGGUCAAUAUUGAAAUAUAAGAAAUUCCACACAUUAUGACUAAAUAGGAGAGGAAAUUACCCAAUAUGUUCACUUUGGCAUAUGAACUGUACACAUACUUUAUAAACAAAAAUUUGGAAAAUUAACAUCUUGAACCAAAGGCUAAUUACAGAUAUCUGCGGCUUUUGAUUAUCUAAUUCUGUUCAUCAGAACUUUUGUUUCAGAAUAAAAAAAUAUUUUGUUUAGACCUUUGUAUGGCAACUGUGUACACAUGUAAAAAAAAUCAGGCUGAACUGGUAUGUUUUAAGAUAAUAAAACAAUGACUCCCUAACAACUUCUACAAAGGGAGUUGCACCAGUCUGCGUCAGGUAAAGUGUAACAUCAAAAAUUAACACACUAAAUCUGUUAAUGCCAUACAAUGUGAAUAUUUAUAAUCACUACUUCUCUUUUAUCUACUAGAUUUUGCAGGAAAAUGAAGCCUCCCAAAGCAAGGAAAGAAACUGAUUUAAUUAAGAGAAUUUAUUUGAAGUCAAACUUCUGAUUAUGGUGUUGACAAUGCACUGAUUUUAAAUAAAUAAAAGAACAUGGAAAGACUUGCUUUGAGCUCUUGAGCAAUAAAGUUCAUCUGCU